UUUAACUAAAUAAGAAAUAUUUUAAAAAAAAUACAAAUAUGUUUUUUUUUUAAUUAUUUCUAUAGUUUCUGUAUAUUUAUUUUACCAUUAAUAAGGUGAAAAUACGUUUUAGAAACUGAAAGUCUUUAAACAGAAGCUGAUGCAUACAGUCAUAAUAGUGCAUCUCUCUGAUCAGUUCACCAACACCACAUAUCAACCUCGGUCUUCAUCUCUCUCCUCGAUCUCUUUCAAAUUACAGCAGCCAUCAGCUACGCCAAUUUAGAAAAUUGAAGUGAUCUCCAAGAAACCUGAAGACCUGUUCAGCAAUUCUGAUUAUGGUUGCUGCAAAAAGACUUUUCCAAAGCAUAUGAUACUAAUUCUUUCAAGACUAACGCCAUAUAUAUGAUGGCUACAACUGCAGUUAUCGGACUAACAGCAGGAAAAAGAAUCUUGUGUUCAUCAUCUUACUACUCUGAUGUGAAUGAAAAGCUAUCCUGCAGUAGCAAUCUGGGGUUCACAUAUGUCCCCACUACAAAUUUGAUCUCUUCAAAGAAGUCCCCCAACUAUACCCAUAGUAUUACACGCAGUCGAGAUACAUCUCCUGUGAGAGCUUUGAAGGAACAUGUAGAUACUACUGUAGCUCCUCCAAUUACAGACAAAUGGGUUCAGGGGUUUGAUCAUCUGGAUGAGGAAGUCUCUGAGCAUGAUCUCCCAGUUGAUGCCCUACUCUUAUUACACAAAUCUUUGCUGGAAAAACAGUGGACCCUUUCAACUGAUGCUCCAACAAAAGAUAAAAGCAGCAGAAAGGUACAUGUGACUGGUUCAGGGGUAUCUGCUCGAAGGCGUAGAAUAAAUGCUCAAAACAAAAAACCAACUGUAAAUGAAGAUGGUGGAAUUGGAAACAAACAGUUGAGAUCCAUAAUCAGUCCAGAACUUGUUCAAAACUGUCAGAAAGGGUAUCUUAAAGGUAUGAAGAAUGAGACCUUGCUCACUCACUCAGAGGUGGUUGCUCUAUCAGAGAAGAUCAAAAUCGGUCUACACUUAGAGGAAGAGAAGUCAAGACUGAAAGAAAGAUUAGGAUCUGAACCUUCGGAGAAGCAACUAGCAGCUUCCUUAAAGAUAUCCCGAGUUGAGUUGCAAGCCAAACAGAUUGAGUGCAGUUUAGCAAGAGAGAAGCUGGCAUUGAGCAAUGUUGGUCUGGUGAUGUCUGUUGCACUAAAAUAUAAACACAUGGGAGCCGAUAUGUCUGACCUAAUUCAGGGAGGUCUAAUUGGACUACUGAGAGGGAUAGAGAAGUAUGAUUCAUCUAGGGGACACAAGAUUUCUACAUAUGUCUAUUGGUGGAUACGCCAGGGUGUGACAAGAACAUUCUUUGAAAAUUCAAGAACCCUAAGAUUGCCUACUCACUUGCAUGAAAGACUUGGUGCAAUCCGAAAUGCCAAGGCCAAAUUAGAGCGAAAGGGAAUCACCCCAUCAAUAGAUAAAAUUGCGGAGACACUGAAUAUGUCUAGAAAAAAAGUUACAAACGCCACUGAGGCAGUUUGUAAAGUGUUCUCACUCGAUAAAGAAGCUUUCCCUUCUUUAAACGGACUUCCUGGAGAAACUCUUCACAGUUACAUAGCAGACGAUUGCCCUGAAAACGACCCGUGGCAUGGAGUAGACGAGGGCGCUCUCAAGGAUGAAGUAAGAAAUCUAAUUAAAAUGACACUAGGGGAAAGGGAAAGAGAGAUUAUCCAUCUUUACUAUGGUUUGGACAAUGAGUAUCUUACUUGGGAGGAUAUCAGUCGAAGGAAGGGAUUGUCGAGGGAAAGAGUGAGGCAGGUUGGCCUUGUUGCAUUGGAGAAAUUAAAACAUGCUGCAAGAAAUACGAAACUGGCUGCAAUGCUGGUCAACCAUUAAAUUUUUUAUGGUAAUUAUAUUUUAUGUACAUACAAAUAAUUAUGAUAUGGCUAUUUAAUUUCCGGUAUUAAUAUAUUUCUCAACCAGUAUACAUUA